GAAGGCAGUCCUCCUUUCUUUCAGCUGGAGUGCUCCUCUUGAGCCAGCCCCACCCACGGCAGAGAUGGUUUCUGUGAGGGUCCUCUGCCUGGUCCUGAGUGUGAUGGGUGCAGUUCAGGCGGCAGAUCCCAGUGAAGGUGAAUUUAUCGCUGAAGGAGGAGGUGUGCGUGGCCCAAGGCUUGUGGAAAAAGAGCAGUCUGCCUGCAAAGAGUCAAACUGGCCCUUCUGCUCUGAUGAAGACUGGAACUACAAAUGCCCUUCUGGCUGCAGGAUGAAAGGAUUGAUUGAUGAAGUCAAUCAAGAUUUUACAAACAGAAUAAAUAAACUAAAAAAUUCACUAUUUGAUUAUCAGAAGAACAAUAAGGACUCUAACACAUUGAUCAGGAAUAUAAUGGAUAUUUUGAGAGGGGAUUUUGCCAAUUCUAAGAACAAUGAAAAUACAUUUAGCCAAGUGUCAGAAGAUCUGAGAAGGAGAAUUGAGAUUCUGAAGCGCAAAGUUAUAGAACAAGUACAGCAUAUCCACCUUCUGCAGAAAAAUGUCAGGGAUCAGCUGAUAGAUAUGAAACGACUGGAGGUGGACAUUGAUAUUAAGAUCCGAUCUUGCAAAGGGUCAUGCAGUAGGGCUUUAGAACAUAAAGUAGAUCUGGAGGACUAUAAAGAUCAGCAGAAGCAACUUGAACAGGUUAUUGCCAUAGACUUACUUCCCUCCAGAGACAGUCAAUAUUUACCACUGAUAAAAAUGAGGCCAGUUCCAGGCCCGAUUACCAGAGAGUUCAAGAGCCAGCUUCAGGAGGCCCCUCCAGAGUGGAAGGCACUGCUGGAAAUGCAGCAGAUGAAAAUGGAGUUAGAGAGGUUUGGUGGAGAUGGGCAUGCCAGAGGAGAUUCUGCAUCUCAUGGAACAGGAUCAACACCAGAAAGCCCCAGGAAGCCUGGAACUGGUAGUAUUGGAAACGUGAAUCCUGGGAUCUAUGGAGCUGGAGGUGCUGGCACUUGGAACACUGGCCAUCCUGAUCCCGGAAGUGCUGGCACUUGGAACACUGGACACCCUGAUCCUGGAAGUGCUGGCACUUGGAACACUGGCCAUCCUGAGCCCGGAAGUGCUGGCACUUGGAACACUGGACGCCCUGAGCCCGGAAGUGCUGGCACUUGGAACACUGGCCAUCCUGAGCCCGGAAGUGCUGGCACUUGGAACACUGGACGCCCUGAGCCCGGAAGUGCUGGCACUUGGAACACUGGCCAUCCUGAGCCCGGAAGUGCUGGCACUUGGAACACUGGCCAUCCUGAGCCCGGAAGUGCUGGCACUUGGAACACUGGCCAUCCUGAGCCCGGAAGUGCUGGCACUUGGAACACUGGACGCCCUGAGUCCGGAGGUUUUGGCACUUGGGGCUCUGGAAGUUCUGUGUCUGCAAGUUUUAGGCCAGAUAGCUCAGGGCAUGGGAACAUCAGGCCUUCCAACCCAGAUGUGCCCUGGGGCACAUUUGAAGAGGUGUCAGGAAAUGUAAGUCCAGGGACAAAGAAAGAGCUCCACACAGGUAAACUGGUCACUGCUAAAGGAGAUAAAGAGCUUCUGAUUGGUGGUGAGAAGGUCACUUCUGGUCACACAACCACCACUCGUCGUUCAUGCUCUAAAGUCAUCACAAGGACUGUUACACAUGCCGAUGGUCACACAGAAACAACCAAAGAAGUGGUAAACUCUGAAGAUGGUUCUGACUGUAGUGACACAGAUUUGGACUUGCACUUGCCUGGCAGGGGUAGCCUAGAUGAUUUCUUUCGUAGGCACAAUGAUGGUUUUUUCUCCUCUACGUUAAAAGAGCUUGACAGUAAGAUCCAUUCUAUGGGCUCAGACUUAGGGGAUAUUGGCUCUCACCACCCCGGCAUACCUGAGGUCUCUUCCAGUAGUAAAACUUCAAGUCAUGGCAAAGAGUUUACAAGCAGUAGCAUGACUAUCAACAGAGGAGGCUCCACGUUUGAAAGCAAGGGCUAUAAAAUGGCAGAUGAGGCCGGAAGUGAAGAGGAUCUUGGCUUCAAAGGAGCACAUGCCACCAAGAGAGGCCAUGCUAAAACUCGCCCUGCCAGAGACUGUUAUGAUGCCCUCCAAACACAUCCUUCAGGUGCCCAAAGUGGCAUUUUCAAUAUCAAGCUACCGGGAUCCAGUAAGAUUUUUUCUGUUUAUUGUGAUCAAGAGACCAGUUUGGGAGGAUGGCUUUUGAUCCAGCAAAGAAUGGAUGGCUCACUGAAUUUUAACCGGACCUGGCAAGACUACAAGAAAGGUUUCGGCAGCCUAAAUGACAAGGGAGAAGGAGAAUUCUGGCUAGGCAACGAAUACCUCCACUUACUAACCCUGAGAGGCUCCAUCCUUCGGGUUGAAUUAGAAGACUGGGCUGGGAAAGGGGCUUAUGCAGAAUAUCACUGGAGGGUAGGCUCUGAGGCAGAAGGCUAUGCCCUGCAGGUCUCCUCCUAUGAGGGCACAGCAGGUGAUGCUCUGAUUGAGGGUUCUGUAGAGGAAGGGACAGAGUACACUUCUCAUGCUGGCAUGCGCUUCAGCACCUUCGACAGGGAUGCAGACAAGUGGGAAGACAACUGUGCCGAAGUCUACGGAGGAGGCUGGUGGUACAACAACUGCCAAGCAGCCAAUCUCAAUGGCAUCUACUACCCCGGGGGCUCCUAUGACCCCAGGGACAACAGUCCCUAUGAGAUUGAGAAUGGAGUGGUCUGGGUCCCCUUCAGAGGUGCCGAUUAUUCCCUCAGGGCUGUUCGCAUGAAAAUCCGGCCCUUUGGGACACAAUAGGCUGAAGGAGUGGCAGUGAGAGCACUCUGUUUCUGUGUUUAGUGAAGAGGAGAAAAAAAUAAGGA